CCCCCAUCAACCACUCGGUCAAAGACGAGAUAUCUGCAAAUCACGACGCAACCAUGGCGUCUAUCGAUGUCUCGUCGCAGAGGGCCACUCUGCUGACCGAUGAGAUUACACUUGAGCAGUUACCUGCUGAACUUCUUGUGGUAAUCAGAGACCACGCCUCUACGAACCUCCUGGAUGCCGUCUCACAGGCUGCUCUCAUCCCUAAACUCACAGGCCGCAUCUUUGCUCACUUUGAGCAAGUCUUCCCGGACAUUUGCGCGAGAUGGAUCCUCAAUGCACCGAGGCUGGGUUCUAGAGUCGAUAUUCUCGCGUCUUUCGCCAGGGUGUUGCGGUUCGCGCCUUACCUAUCAACCUUUAUACGAUCUUACUUGAACAACGGCUCAUCAUCUUCGACUAUCCCGGAUGGUGGUCGUGGUCCUCAUACUCGUCCCCUUCAGUACCCCGAUGCUGCGAGCCUGCACCGUUUCGAACCGAGUCAACUUUUGGGCCUUCUUCUUGCUGUUUGGAGACUGGCCAGUUUCGAUUUGAGGAGAUAUUCAGGCCUGCUGCCCCCCUCGGAGUUGCAGCCGCUCUUCAAGCACCAAGACCACGCCGUUCGAUAUUUGGCCGUGAGGAUAUUCUGUCUUCAGACCCAUGCCGCCGAUGCCAAGCUAGAAGCUCUCAUUCGAGAGCAUAUUGGAACCACCGCUCCUAUCCUGGGCGACUUCGAUGGCGACGAGAUAGACUACGGCUUUCUUAGCCUCCACGAACAUGCUCGUGCCGAGAAGAUCCUUGACCUUCGCCGAAAGGCACAGGACGCUACGCUGGGUGAUCCCGUCAGUGUUCAGCUUGUGCCACCCCAGGGGUUGACGUCCCUGGUCGCUUGCUAUGGCCGUGUAAUGCUCCCCCGGACGUCCGCCUCCACCACCCACUCUCCUUCGUCCCUUGUCAUGACUCCGACCACCGCCAGCAACAUGGAAAACCUAGCUGCUGCCCUGCUCAACGAUACGAGGCCAAUCCUCCUUUCCGGUCUCCCUGGCAGCGGCAAGACCUCGCUCAUCCAACAGUUCGCCAAAGACUUUGCCAAGCACUCUGAAAUGGUGACCCUGCACAUCAACGAGCAGACCGACGCCAAGAUGCUCGUAGGACUGUACUCGGCCGACUCCAAACCCGGCAGCUUCCAGUGGAGGCCGGGCGUCUUGACGACGGCUGUCCGGGAGGGAAGAUGGGUUCUCAUCGAGGAUCUCGAUCGCGCACCCAACGAAGUCAUCAGCACCUUGCUACCCCUGAUCGAGCGCGGCCAGCUUCUCAUCCCCAGUCGCGGCGAGACCAUCGAGGCCGCCGACGGGUUCCGCCUUUUCGCCACCGUCAGGACCACCCGGGGCAUGCAUGGCCGCGAGACCCUGCCGAACCUCCUGGGGUUGAGGUUCUGGCAGCAGCUUCCCAUCCAGGCGCCUGCCGAGACGGAACUCCUCGACAUCAUCGUGGGCACGUACCCGGUCUUGCGCAAGUUCGCGCCGGACAUCUUGUCGGUUUAUCGACGACUGACCCAUGCCGCGACGGCCACGGGAGCUGCGCGCCACUCCUUCGGCCGUAGCAUCCUGGAUCGCCAGCCCAGUUCCCGCGACCUCUUGCGCUGGUGCCGACGCUUGGCCGGCCUUCUCCUUACCGACGCGGACGGCAAGACCGGCGAAGAACCCGUCACCGAAACCAUGCGAGAUUGGAUGUUCAUGGAAGCCGUCGACUGCUUCGUCUGCAGGAUACCCGACGCCAAGGCGAGGGAGUACCUCGUCCUGCAAAUCGCCCAAGAGUGGCACAUGUCCAAGGAGAGGGUGUUGCACUACCUCGAAGCGCACAUACCGCCAUUGGAGGAUGGUCCGGAUCAGUUCCACAUCGGGAGAGUAAGGCUGCGGAAGAACAAGAAGAACAAGGACCGCUUGGGGAAGCUGGCGAAGAAAUCACAAUCACCCCGACCCUUCGCGAAUACGACGCACGCGAAAAAGCUGUUGGAGCAGGCCGCUGCCGCCGUCAGGUCGGGCGAACCCGUCCUCCUGGUCGGCGAGACGGGCAUUGGCAAGACGACCGUCAUCCAACAGCUCGCCGAUACCCUGGGCCACCGCCUGGUCGCGGUGAACCUGUCCCAGCAGAGCGAAGUGGGCGACCUGCUCGGAGGGUUCAAGCCCGUCAACGUCCGGAGCCUCGCUGUUCCCCUGAAGGAGGAGUUUGAGGACUUGUUCUCCGCCACCGGCAUCUCCACCACCAAGAACCAGCCCUACUUGGAGCGGCUCGGAAAGACCUUCGCCAGGGGCGACUGGGCCAAGGUCUCGAAGCAAUGGCGGGAAGCGCCCAAGAUGUUUGCCAAGAUUGUCGACGAGCUGGCGAAGCGCGAAGCCGAGCAAAAGCGCGAAGCCGAGCAAAAGAGGGCGAACCUCAACGGGGACGGCGGUGACGGCGGCGGCGGCGACGGGAACGACCAGCCAGCGAAGCGCCGGAAGACGGAAUCCAAGUUGCAGAGGCUGCUCGACCUCAGGCCCCGCUGGCAUGCUUUCUCUCGCAACCUGGACCAGUUCGAUGUGCAGGUAUCCGGCCACUCGGGCCCCUUCGCCUUCUCUUUCGUCCAAGGCAACAUCGUCAAGGCGGCCCGGAACGGCGACUGGGUGCUCCUGGACGAAAUCAAUCUUGCCUCUCCCGACACCUUGGAGAGCAUAGCGACCCUCCUCGCGGGCCCUUCCGAGACGCCCUCCAUCCUGCUCUCCGAGACGGGUGAGAUCGAAAGGGUCAAGGCGCACCCGAACUUCAGGAUAUUCGGCGCCAUGAACCCGGCCACCGACGUCGGCAAACGAGACCUCCCCAUCGGCAUCCGCUCGAGGUUUACCGAGAUUUACGUCGACAGCCCGGACAAGGACGUCAAGGACCUCCUGACCAUUGUCAAGACGUACCUGAAAGGCAGCGGCACCCGGGACGACAAGGCCGCCGAUGAUAUCGCCCGCCUCUACCUCGACACCAAGAUGCGCGCCGAGGAGAAACGCUUGGUGGACGGGGCGAACGAGGUGCCGCACUUCAGCCUCCGCACCUUGACUCGCGUCCUGUCGUACGUCAACCACAUGGCAGCGUUCUACGGCCUCCGCCGUGCUCUCUACGAAGGCUUCUCCAUGGGAUUCCUCACCCUCCUGAACAGGGAGUCGGAAAAGAUCCUGAUGCCCCUGAUCGACCAUCGUCUCUUCGGCCAAGUGGCGAACCCCCAGUCCCUGCUCUCCCAACCGCCCAAGCGUCCGAACGAUGGCAGGAAGUAUGUCCGUUUCGUCAACAAGGCCAAGGAUCGCCACUACUGGCUCUGCCAAGGCGACCUGGAACCCGUGGAACGGCCCGACUAUAUCAUCACCCCGUAUGUCGAACGUAACCUGCUGAACCUCGUCCGGGCGACGUCUACCCGCCGGUUCCCCAUCCUCAUCCAGGGCCCGACAUCUGCCGGCAAGACGAGCAUGAUCGAGUACCUGGCCAACUUUACGGGGAACAAGUUCGUCCGGAUCAACAACCACGAGCACACCGACUUGCAGGAGUAUCUGGGCACGUACAUCUCGGAUUCCUCCGGCAAGCUGCGGUUCCAAGAGGGACUCCUUGUCCAAGCCAUGCGACGGGGGCACUGGAUCGUCCUGGACGAACUCAACCUCGCGCCGACCGAUGUCUUGGAAGCGCUCAACCGCCUCCUGGACGACAACCGAGAACUGCUGAUCCCGGAGACCCAGGAAGUCGUCAGGCCGCACGAGAACUUCAUGUUGUUCGCCACGCAGAACCCGCCGGGGCUCUACGGAGGCCGCAAGGCCCUGUCGCGCGCGUUCCGGAACAGGUUCCUCGAGCUGCACUACGACGACAUACCCGAGGAAGAGCUGGAGUACAUCCUCCAGCAGAGGAGCCGCAACACCUCCCCCUCGGACUGCAGGCGCAUCGUCACCGUCUACAAGGACCUUUCGCGGCUGCGGCAGACGACCCGCAUGUUCGAGCAGAAGGACAGCUUUGCCACGCUCCGCGACCUCUUCCGAUGGACCCAGCGGGACGCCGACACCCGUGAGCAGAUCGCCGCCCACGGCUUCAUGCUGCUGGCCGAGCGCGUACGCGUCCCCGAGGAGCGGGUGGCGGUCAAGGAGGUCAUCGAGAAGGUGUUCAAGGUGAAGAUGGACACCGACAAGCUGUAUGCGCCGACGGCCUUGCCGGGGAAACCCGACGCGAAACAGAACAACGACGACAACAACGACAACAACAACGACAACACCCAUGGCGUCGUGUGGACCGGAGCCAUGCGUCGUCUCUACAUCCUCGUAGACAGCGCGCUGCGAAACAACGAGCCGGUCCUCCUUGUCGGCGACACGGGGUGUGGCAAGACGACGGUCUGUCAAAUGCUCGCCGAGGCGCGCGGCCGAGAGCUGCACAUUGUGAACGCCCAUCAGAAUACGGAGACGGGAGACUUGAUCGGAUCGCAGCGGCCUGUCCGGAAUCGAGGCGCCAUUGCCGAGGCGCUCAGGACCGAAUUGGCCGGUGUCCUUCAUGGCGUUGGCCAGCCGUCGUCGUCGGGAAGUCUCGAGGAGCUGUUGGAACGAUACCAUGGCCUGCCUGCCGAGGCAGCGUCCGCCAUCGACGCAUCCAUCCGCGAACGCAUCGCGUCGCUGGAGACCAGAAGCAAGGCGUUGUUCGAGUGGGCGGACGGCAGUCUCGUUCACGCGAUGAAAUCCGGAGCCUUCUUCCUGCUCGAUGAAAUCUCCCUGGCCGACGAUUCGGUGCUGGAGCGACUUAACUCGGUGCUGGAACCCCAACGAACCCUCUUGUUGGCGGAGAAGGGCAUAGACAACUCGUUCGUCACCGCGACGGAGGGUUUCCAGUUCCUCGCGACCAUGAACCCCGGAGGGGACUUUGGCAAGAAGGAGUUGUCGCCCGCCCUGAGGAAUCGUUUCACCGAGAUCUGGGUCCCCUCGCUCUCCGAGACGGAAGAUGUCCUCGAGAUCGUCCUGUCGAAGCUGGAUGGGGACCUCAAGUCUUUCGGGAAGACCAUCGUCGAGUUCUCCUCUUGGUUUGCGCGCGCCUUCCGGUCGUCGACCUCGGCGGGUUAUUCCAUCCGGGACAUCCUCCUCUGGGUCAAGUUCAUCAACCACUUCGGCCACGCGGAUGCCGAUUUCGCGGUCGUGCAUGGUGCGGCGACCGUCUUCGUCGACACCCUCGGCGCCAAUCCUUCGGCCCUGGUCGCCAUGGACCCCGAGACCAUGGAAGCGCAGCGACAAAAGUGCCUCGACAAGCUGAGCGAACUGCUGCGGUGCGAUGCCUCGGCCAUCUACCGAGCGCAGCCGGAGGUGUCCCUGGAACCGGGCAAGCUGUCCAUCGGCCGAUUCGAGGUCGCGCGGGAGGCCGGUCUCGCGGCAGACCCGACCUUCGCCCUCCACGCGCCGACGACGAAGCGCAAUGCGAUGCGCGUCCUGCGCUCGCUGCAGAUGCAGAAGCCGAUCCUCCUGGAGGGAAGCCCCGGUGUCGGAAAGACCACGCUCGUGGCCGCCCUCGCCACGACCUGCGGCCGGCCCCUGACGAGAAUCAACCUGUCGGACCAGACGGAUCUGAUGGACCUUUUUGGUACCGACAUGCCGGUCGAAGGGGCCGAGGCGGGCAACUUCGCGUGGCGGGAUGCCCCCUUUCUCCAAGCCAUGCAGCGGGGCGAGUGGGUGCUGCUGGACGAGAUGAACCUCGCGUCGCAGUCCGUGUUGGAGGGCCUGAAUGCCUGUCUCGAUCAUCGCGGCGAGGUCUACGUCUCCGAGCUGGACCAAGUGUUCCAGAAGCACCCCGACUUCCGACUGUUCGCGGCGCAGAACCCCCACCACCAGGGUGGCGGUCGCAAGGGCCUGCCGAGCUCUUUCGUGAACCGGUUCAUCGUCGUCUACGCCGACGUCUUCACGGAGGAGGACCUGCUCCUGAUCGCGGGCCACAACCACCCCGACAUCCCGCACGACAUGGUCCAGGGCGUCAUUCGCUUCGUCUCGAGCCUCAACCACCGCGUGGCCGUGGAGAAGGCCUUUGGCGCGCACGGCAGUCCGUGGGAGUUUAACCUCCGCGACAUCCUCCGGUGGCUCGACUUGAUGGCGUCGCGAGACGCGCUGCUGCGCACCGGCUCGGUGGACGACUUCCUCGGCCUCGUGGUCCGGCAGCGCUUCCGCUCGGUCCAGGACCGGGAACAAGUCGACGCGCUGUACGCCGAGGUCUUUGGGCGGCGGCCGCGGGACCACAGCCUGUAUCACGACGUCAGCGCGGCCGUGUUCCAAGUCGGGAACGCCCUCCUCCCCCGCAGCCGGCUCUCCCAGCCGCUGCAACCCCCCGGCAUCGACGCGGUUCGCCGGCUGCCGGAGCUGGAGUCGUUGAUGAUUUGCGUCAAGCAGGGGAUCCCCUGCAUCCUGAGCGGCUCGUCCGGCAGCGGCAAGUCCGUCCUCCUCCAGCACGUCGCCGCGGUGGCGGGCAAGUCCCUGGUCGUGUUCCCGCUCAACGCCGACAUCGACACCAUGGACCUCGUGGGCGGAUUCGAACAGUCGGAUCCGCUGCGCCAAGUCAACGCCUCGUUGCGGUCCCUCUACGACGGCCUGGAGAGGUCCAUCCUGUCCCAGUUGCCGGGCGAGGUGCCCCGGGAAGCCCUGUCGUUGUUCUACGCCCUCCACUGCUGCUGCCGCGACGGUGGCGAUGCCCCGUCCCUCGAUGGGCUUGCGGCCUCCAUGCGCGCCGUGCUGUCGAUGGUCGCGCCCGAGUCGGAGAUGUCGUCUCUCCUGUCUGCUGCGCUCGCUGCCUUGGCGAAACCGCGCGUGGCCAACGACCCGCGCUUCGAGUGGCUGGACGGCGUGAUCAUCCGGGCACUGGAGACGGGGCAGUGGUUGGUCCUAGACAACGCGAACCUGUGCAACGCGUCGGUUCUCGACCGGCUCAACUCGCUGUUGGAGCCGAACGGGGUCCUGAGCAUCAACGAGCACUGCGGACCCGACGGGGCGCCCAGGAUCAUCACACCCCAUCCGGAGUUUCGCAUUUUCCUGACGGUCGAUCCUCGCUAUGGCGAGCUGUCGCGGGCUAUGCGGAACCGCGCUGUUGAGAUUCACCUCGGCGAUCUGAGUCUGCCGCCGACGGAGAUGGCGGACGUGACCUCGGCCCGUACGGCAGAAGUGGAGAGCAGUCUCCGAAGGUUCCGUUUGUCUAGGGACAUUUCCAUGGCAUCUCGUCGGCGGAAUUCGGGCUGCGCCCCGGAUGUGAGCGCCUUGACGCUGGGGAACCUCUCGUUGAACGAUGCUUCAGUGGCACGGAGGUAUGUUGGCGUCACGGCCCGGGUGUUUCCCGAUGGUCCUGCGUUCUCUCUCGCCACGUACCAGAUGCAGCUUGACGAGCUCGUGUUUUAUCUCGAGGCCGAGGAGACGGCUGGAGUAAGAAAAGCGACCUUGGAACUGUAUGGGGAGCUUUCAAGAACGGGGUUCCAAGGGAUUGCAGAGGCCCAACCCCUUUCCCCCUUGCAAAAUGCGCCCAUCGUCCGUAUUCUACAACAAACGGCCGGCGACCUGCCCUUCUGGCUGGACUCGUGUAUUGAUUUCCUGUCCGACCUCCAUCGUUAUCAAGGGGCCAUGGAGAUCCACACAAGGGGGGCAAAGGCAGGGAAGCUCGCCUCGCUGAGUCGUCUGCAAAGAUCCGUCUUGUCGGAUCGAAUCGCUGCAGUGGCCAAGGACUCGACGGCCGGAGUCGCCAAGUUUCUCACUGCCGUUCUUCAAGGCGCCAUGAGGUUUCUGCAAGCUCAUCUCAAGAGCAGCACCUAUUGGAAGGAACAAACCUACAUCAUCCGAGCCAUGCUGGAUUUCUGGUGGAGGACCUUCGAGUUCGUCUCCCGCCCUGCCUCUGAGCCGUUUGAGGAGGCCAGAUUCCAGGCGCAUCUGGGACAUGGCAUCAAGGCGGUCGAGUCUCUGCUUUCUUCUGUCGAGACCGACCUGAACCGCGACUUGGCCGCGGGCUUCCUGCAAGCCAUCCGGGAUGCCUUCACUACGGGGUUCAUGCUCAAGACAGGGCUCAGUAUGGAGAUCCUUUGGCGACUCUUCAAGCCAGCGCCUAUCCUCUCCGCCGAGACGCUCAACCAGAGCAGGGAACUCGUGCGCCUCGCCGACCGAUUCGACGGGCUGAGGUGGAAGGUCCGGACCUCGGUCUCCGACCUCGCCAACGCCAUGUCUACUCUGGUGGCCGCGGCGCAAGUCGUCCAGAGCAACCCGUCCACGGCCACCCAACUGAUCGACGACCUGAGCAAGGAGAUCGACCUCCUCGAAGGCAGCAUCGGGUCUGUGUCCAAGGAAAGGGAGAUCAGCCCGUUCUUCGUCGAGGCGUUCAAGAACCUCGAACAAGCCUUGGUACUGCAGGCCAUCUCCUCUUCGGCCCAGGACGAGAGCGAGAGCGUCAUCUCCUCCACAGACUUGAUGCCGCUGGCCGUCAUGUCCAACCAGCCAACGCUGGACCAAAUCCGUCUCAGGGGGGCCGUGAACAAGGCACAGCGCCUGCUCUCGACGGGCCGACUGGCUUCCCGCGACACCGCCUCACACGCCUGGCAUGGCAAACUGGCAAGCACGCUGCUCGCGAGGUCCAAGUCGAUGGGGGCGGCAAGCCUUGGUUCUCUGCGCCUUUUGGAGGCCGAGCUGCCUCUUCUGGGCCGCUUUCUUGUCAAGUCGUCGCGCCAGAUCACGGACAGCCCGAUCAUGGCGCUGAAUCGGACCCUACGGCAACUCGUUCUGGAGGUUGUUGUCUCGGCACAUGGACUCGGCCUGGGCGUGCAUGGAAAUAUGGAAGAGGUCUAUCACCGUGUCCGUUCUGGCCAUGCUGCCUCUGCCGGCCUACCGGAUCUCACUCCCGAGGCAUUCACACGGCUGUCGGCCCAAUACCACCAGACCGUGGUCACCGAAGAAUGGCCUACUCAUGUUGCGGCCGUUGCCAAAGACCACUUGAUUCCCUCGAUGAUCGCCGUGGCCAUAUCGGACUCGUACGCAACCAUCGACGAUGACGAGUCUGGAGAGCCUGGAGAGCCUGCGCCUGCUCCUGCGCCUGCACUCGCUAGAUACGCCCGAAACGCAGCAGCCUUCUCAUCCGUGGCCUGGGUGCAAUUCGCCGUCGGCUACAUCAAGCUCUACGUCCCCGACAAAUCCUUCGACCCCCAACUGAGGCCUCAGUUCGAAAAGGAGGUCUACGACGAAACCAAGACAAGAUUGCAGCAUCGCCUCUCUUCUCUGCUCGCGUUCGAGUCCCACUUCACGGGCCAGGAUCACUCCCUGCGCGCCCAACUGGUCAAGGAGGACAUCGAAGCCCUCGGUCCCGCCCCUGCCGCUGGCCAGGUCGUUCACUACCGCCCUUCGCAGUCGGAGCUUGGGCAGAUGCAGGCCGACUUCAACAAUGUUCUCAAAUCGGUGGUCGACAUGGGCGUUGCCUCGACGCACUUGCGGCGCGCCUUGACAGAUUCUGAUUCUUCGGCCGCUGAACAAGAGCUGGAGCUGGACUUGGUCAAGCAAAAUGUCAACCAGCUCAUAGACCGCUUGUCCAGGCGAUUCGACGCGUAUCAGGACAUGGUCACGCCGGCCGUCGAUGCUCUCCAUUGUCUCCAGCUGGGUCUGUCGUUGACAGUAGGGCUUGAUUCUCUCGUCCGGGACGAACUAGCAACGGGCCCUUUGAUGGAUCUCGUCCCGUUUCUGGGAGGCAGGCUGCCGGACCCGAAUACGGCUCUUUCGGGCCGAAGCCUCCAGUUCCUCCACUACAUGGGCUUGGUCGUCUCCGUCGAAGGCCUACCGGGCAUCAGCGCUGCGCAGAGGCAGGUCCUGUUCGAAUCCAUCCACGGCUUCUUCAGCGACUGGAGCAAGAAGCUCGAGGCGGACCGCCAGUUGGAGGCAUCAAGGACGAGUCUCUACCGCUUCCGGGGAAGUUUCGAGGACGAAGAAGAACAAGACGAGGCCGAGUUUAACGAACUUUUCCCCACGUUUGACGAGGAAAACGAAGAAGAGGACACGAAGUUGUCGACUGAGCAGCGAGGGCGCGUCCGGGUCCGGGACCUGUCGGUCAAAAUGUCCGAGUUGCAUCGAAACAUCUUCCUGAAGCCCCAGGAGCCUUCGCAGAGCCUACGCGAAUCCUGCGUGGCCAUAAGCCGGGAAGCUGCUUCAGAGGCGUCCGAGAAGGCGGCGGUGGGCCAGAGACUCAACCGGAGGAUCCUGCCCAUGGCCAUGUGGUCUCUGUACGAAGGGCAGGCGGCAUUAGACGUGAACGCCGUGGGGGGGCGCUACAACUUCUACUCGGACCCGAAUCUCCCAGCCGUACGACAACUCGUCUCCCUCAUCGGCAAGAUCGAGGCCCGCUUCCGCGACUUGCAGAGCGUGGACGAGAUCGGCUUCAUGCAGCCGCUUGCCGACGUCCUCUCGGCGUGCGAGAACCUCCUGAGCAUCGUGCACACCGAGCCGCUGGCCAAGAUCCUGCCCAAGCUGGAGCACCUGCACAACAUCGUCUACGAGUGGCAGCACGGCGGCUACGCACCCAGCAUCUACGGCGCGCCUGUGCUGUACUCCUCGCUGACCGACACCAUCAUCAGCUGGCGCCGAGAGGAGCUCAAGACGUGGGCCAAGCUGUUCGACCUGGAGGUCCAGAAAUGCCGGGACGACGCCAACUCGUGGUUCUUCAUGGCAUACCAGGUCGUCAUCGCCGUGCCGCUCACCUUCGUCGGCUCGGACGACGACCCCGUCCCGCCGCUCCGAGACUACGCCGUUCGCCUGGUCAAGGAGCUUGAGGUCUACUUCUCCAGCUCCAUCGUCGGCCAGUUCGCCGGCCGUCUUUCGCUGUUGAAGCAGCUGCAGAAGCACCUCGAGCUCCUGGUGAUGGAUUACCCGUCCCUCUCGGUCAUUCAGGACGCCUUGCGCAACUUCAUCGCAUUCUAUGGUCGCUUCGAGGCAGUCAUUGACGAGUCCAUCACCCAAGCCAGGGCACCCAUCGAGAAGAACGUCAAGAACACGGUGCUCCUCGCCAGCUGGAAGGACACCAACAUCAAUGCUCUCCGUGAGAGUGCGCGGAAAUCGCACCGGAACCUGUUCAAACUCGUGCGCAAGUUCCGCGCCGUCUUGGGACAACCGGCCGCCCCGAUCAUCAGUCGAGGUCUUCCGGACAAGGAGCCUGUCACUGCCAGCGAAGAAGGGGGAAGACACUUGGUGGGGGGGAAGACGAAGACAAAGACGGACACGGACACGGACACGGAGACACAGGGCCGGGCCAUCAGCAGAUGCCAGGAUGCCGCCCCCGAAUGGCUGCAGACGAACCGCCGUCUUUCCAACCUCCCCAAGACGCUCUCGGUCAUGUCUGGCAUGACCGGCGUAGUAGGCGUGAAGAACAAGUCCUCUUGGGAUGCCAGUCGAGAAACCAAAUCAUUCUUCGCAUCCCUCGUGUCGUCCAUUGCCGAGCUGCGCAAAGAAACCCCGGAGUAUCUGACGGAGGAGAACAAGGACCAGGUCAAGCAUCUCAAGACCCGGAAGCGCUAUCUGUUCGCCGAUGUUCUGAAGACAAUGCGCCAGAUGGGAUUCAGGCACAAUCUCAGUCUCGAAGCCCUCGCCAAGCAGGAAUCCGUUGCCACCGUCCUCGGAAGCACCCCGGCGUACGGCCACUACCACCACUGCCACCACGACGAUGCCGCCGAGCACUACUUCCACAAGGCCGUCGACAUAGUGGCCGCCGCUCGGGUGGCGGGUCACAACCACCACGACGAGCUCACGGGGGCCGAGGUCGCCCGCAGCCUCGGUUACCUAGAAGGCAUGGUCCAAGUCCUCCUCGGCCAGAGGAGCGCUCUUGUUGCAGCCCAGAGGUCCCUUGAUUCCCUGACGGACUCUCUCGUCUCGGCUCGCGAGUUGAGCAACUGCUGGGACGACGACAACGCCAUCAUUCUCGAGAGACGGCCUUCCAACCUGCCCAGGGUCGUUCGGUGGAUCAUACCGGUUCUGGAGUUUGGGACUCGGCUGGUGGAGGCCCAUGGCAAGCUACUAGGUGGUGUCGACAACACGGAGAUCACAAGGGCUCUGGAAACGAGAGCCGCGGCGUUCAGGGCCGACGUGGAGAAACGCAACGACCUGGUUGCCGUGCCCGGAAAGCUCAAGCUCGCCCGCCGAGAGUCGCUCGAUGCCGAAGCACGACUUGGCCUCCAACAGUGUGCACAGGAGCUGGACGCCAUGGCAGCCUCCCGUCCCGAUCUCGGGUUCCUGCUCCAGCAGAUCAAGGCCUGGACGAAGUUGACGGUCCUACAAGAAGAAGAAGAAGAGGAAGAAGAAGAAGAUGCCCAGGACGUCAAGCUAGGCGUGGACGACACCGACAAGUUCGGCCGCCAGGUGGCAACGUUGUGCGACUCCGUCCUCGUCGCCGUCCAGGAGUACAAGCAAGCUGCGUCGGCGUUGCUGCCCGAAUCGCCCCGUACGCCCGGGUGGCUCUCGGGCAGCAGCAAUGCCUUGGGCGCUAUGCUCAAGGCCCUCCGCAUGGACACCAUCACCCGUGCCGUGCAGGACUGCAUGGCUGCGAUGGAGCGCCUCCACCUAGAGACGCCGCGAGUCCGCAAGGUCUCGACUUCCAUGCUCGGGGUCGCUCUGCCCAUUCUCGAGCACUACGCCGUCGCAUGCCAGCACGCGGCUCGACGGCUCCGCGCGCUGCACUUCGCCACGGGGGAAAUGACCCACCACCUCGGCCGGACCUUCGCACAGCUCGCCUCCAAGGGAUUCUGCACACCGCAGGAAAAGUCGGACGAGACGCAAGGGGAAUCCGGGAAGCUCGAGUCCGGAACGGGUCUCGGCGAGGGGGAGGGGGCCGAAGACAUCAGCAAGGACAUUCAGCCCGACGAAGACCUGUCCGAGCUCGCGCAGGAGCCCAACAAGGACCCGAACGGGGAGGAGAUGCAGGACGAGAAGGAUGCCGUGGAUAUGGCCGACGAAGACAUGGAAGGCGAGCUCGGAAGCGUGGAGGGGGCGGAGGACGAGGAUGAAAAGGACGAUGAUGGGAAAGGAGAGGAGAACGAGGAGGAAGAGGAGGAUGACAUGGAGGAGGAAGCCGGUGAAGUGGACGACUUGGACCCGACCGCCGUUGACGAGAAGAUGUGGGAUGGCGAGAACGAAGAGGAAGCGGAAAAGGACCAGCAGGGAGACAAGGCGAAGGGGCAGAAGAAGAAGGACGAACAGAUGGCUGCCGAGGGCCAAGAGGCGAACGACGAGGGCGACGAACCGCAGGAGGCGGGCGACGAUCAGGGGGACGAGCCCGAUGCCAACGAAGACCAAGAUUCUGCCGCGGAACAGGAGGAGGAUGUCCGGUUCGAAGAAGACAUCAAGCAGGAUCAGAACGUCCAGCAGGAGGAUGCCUUGGCCUUGCCGGAGGCAAUGGAACUCGAUCUUCAGGAUGGGGAGUCCGGUUCGUCGGACGAUGGGUUGGACGACGACCUAUCGGAUAUGGGGGAUAACAAGGACGACGACCUUCCGGAGCAGCAAGCAUCCGACGUAGAGGAUGACGACGAGCCCGAGAAGGGCGAGCAAGGUGGUGAAUCCGAGGAAGCGAAUGAAGAAGUGGACAACAUGGCUGGCGAUGAAGCCGACGACGAACCACAGCCCGACCCAGAAGAAGAGGGACAAGAUGAAGGAAGCCAGCCGGACAAGCCCGACGAAGACCAGCAGCAGCAGCAGCAGCAGCAACACGAGCCACAGCAGAAUGACACCGCCAACGCGAACGCCGAGAACGCGGCACCGAGCGACGUCAAGGGCGGCGGUCUGGACCAAAACAACGCGGACUCGAUGGACCUCGACGACGAGUUUAGCAACAAUGCCGCGCAGCGAGACGAGGGUGAUGCCGGCGACGGCUCUGCGCAGCAGCAACAACAGGCGAGCGCCGGCCAGGACGGCACCGUGUCGCGUUCCGCGCAAGAGGCGCAGCCGCAGCCCCAGUCGUCCGAGAAAAAGGACAACGACGACGACGAUGCGCAGGACGCGGCGCGACGCGACCCGUUCAAGAAGCUCGGCGAUGCGCUCGAGCGAUGGCAUCGACGGCAGGCGGACAUCUUGGAGGCGGACAAGGAGCAGGAGGAUACCAAGGAGCCGAAGCAAGAAAUCGAGGCCGAUGGCGAGGGGGACAUGAGUCGUCGGGAGUUUCAGCAUUUGCAGAACGACGACGCCGCGGCUGACACCCAAGCCCUGGGAGGCGCGUCGGAAGACCAAGUCCAGCCUAUCGACGAUACCAUGGCCAUUGAUGAUGAGGACGAGGAUCCUUCGAGCCGGGUCAUGCCCGAGGAAGACGGUGGGGAGGAUCAAGUGGGCGACGACAACAACAACAACAACAACAAGAUGGACAUGGACGGUCCGGAGGAUGCCGGCCAGGACCAAGACAAGAAGAACCAGGGCCUCGAGCGCGAAGAUGCGCGUUCCGGCGUCAAGACGCGCCAGGGGGCAUACGACCGAGAAUCCCCGUCGCCCGAAGACGGCAUCCCGGGAGAGGAAGACGAGGAGAAGAACGAGACAGACCCCGACGAAGACGCCAACGCCAUCGAAGAGACAUCAGCGCAACUCUCCGAGACGCACCUCGCCGACGAUCAGGGGGGGUCCCCUCUCCGGGACUUCUCCGAAGCGAUGCAACUCUGGUCCGACUUCCAAAACAAGACGCACCCGCUCUCGCUCUCCCUCACCUCCCAGCUCCGGCUCAUCCUGACGCCCUCCCAGUCGACCAAGCUCUCCGGGUCGUUCCGCACGGGGAAGCGGCUCAACAUCAAGAAGAUCAUCCCCUACAUCGCGUCCAGCUACAAGCGCGACAAGAUCUGGAUGCGGCGCGCCGUGCCCACCAAGCGCUCGUACCAGAUCCUCCUCUGCGUCGACGACAGCCGCAGCAUGGGCGAGACCGCCUCGGGCACGCUGGCCCUCGAGUCCCUCGUCAUGGUGUCGCGCGCCCUCGCCAUGCUCGAGGUCGGCCAGGUCGGCGUGCUGGGCUUCGGCGCCGACGUCUUCACCGCCCACCACCUCGCCGACCCGUUCGCCGCCCACGACGCCGGCGCCCGCGUCCUGCAGCGCUUCCGCUUCGACCAGGACCGCACCGACGUCGCCCUCCUGCUGCGCCGCACCAUCGACGCCUUCCGCGACGCGAGGGCCCGCAACCCGGCCGCGUCCGCCGCGUCCGCCGCCGGGGUCGACCUGUGGCAGCUCGCCCUCGUGCUGUCGGACGGGCUGACCCCUUCGUCGGCCCACGAUGCCAUCCGCCGCCUCCUCCGCGAAGCGAUGGAGGAGCGCAUCAUGGUCGUGUUCAUCGUCAUGGACGACUCGCAGCACCGCAAGGGGGAUAGCGUGCUGGAUCUCAAGGAGGCUCGGUUCGUCAAGGAUGCGGAGGGGAACAGCCAGGUCGUCAUUGAGCGUUAUCUCGACACCUUCCCUUUCCAGUAUUACCUGAUUGUGCAUAACUUGGAGGAUCUGCCUAAUGCCUUGGCUGGGCUGUUGAGGACGUGGUUCGCCGAGGUCAAUUCGUGAGCGACCACGGGGGAAGUCGAUUCUUGAUCUGCUUGUUUGUUCUCUUUAUUUAUUUGUUCAUUUUCUUUGUGUUGGUAGGGUCAUGAAAAGUAAGGCGUUUUCUCUAUUCAUAGUUAUCGCGUGUGUUUCCGGGGGGG